CUGGAAGACAAAUGUCUCAUGCAGCAUCUCAAAUACUCUACAUUUUGAAAAAAACAUCAUAAACCUUUAAUUCAUCUGAACAAAUCAACAGAUUUCUCUCAGACUGAGAGUAUCACACUUUGGUAUGCCAAAGUGUUUAAAUAGAUAMAGUCCAGUUUAAGGCUCUGUGACUGCUGCCACUAUGGCUAACAAACCAGGAAUGUYACUCUGAUCCACAGCUGUAAAUCAGACCUGCAUUUCCAUCAGUCUCCACGCUGAUGCAUCUGCCUGUUUUGACUCACUCAGAUGUUACCAGCUUCAGACCUCUUCAGUACUGAAUGCUUCCAAACCUGAUAACCUCUUUCUCGAAAAGCUUUUUGGAGAGCUUGCCAAGAUUUCUGCCAGGUGCCAUCAUAAGUGAAUUUCACCAGAGCUGAUGGCCUGAGAAGCUUUGUUGGACAGACACAGCAGGAAAUUAAGAACACCACAUGAAGUCCCAGAGCACAUACUAAUGGAAGGCCCUUUGCAAACCAUUGUUCACAUGUGCCAUGAAAAUGGUCARUGGAUGUCACGAUUACCAGAGAAGCUCUGGGAUAUCCCCCUSUAUAACUUAGCUCUUCCAGGGAGUCAUGACACUAUGACCUACUGUUUGGAUAAAAGCUCYGCUGUGAGUGGCAAUGAGUCCAAGCUGGUGAAGUUUUUAAGCAAAUGUAUGCCYUGCAUUGUGCACCCCAUUAUCAUGAAGUGGUCUAUAACACAGGUCCUGACUGUGACGGAGCAACUUGAGGCUGGAGUUAGAUACCUGGAUUUCAGGAUYGCCCACAAGGCUAAUGAUCCAUCUAUGAAUUUGUACUUCGUGCAUAUGGUUUACACAACUGUUACUGUACAGGAUAUUCUGUGGGAAAUAYUAAGGUGGUUAGAAACUCAUCCUGAGGAAGUUGUUAUCAUAGCCUGCAGGAAUUUUGAUGGAUUAACCAAGAGACUUCAUAAUCAUCUUGUUGCCUGUAUAAAAGAGAUUUUCCAGUGUAAACUCUGUCCCAGAAAUGUGGUGCCAACACUGCGGACCCUGUGGCGCCUCGGCCAUCAGGUCAUAGUGUCGUACGAGGAGGAGGUGGAACUGGGGAAGCACUGUGAGCUGUGGCCCCCGAUCCCAUACUGGUGGGGAAACAAAACAUCCACUCGUGCUCUCAUCCGGUAUUUGGAGCGCAUGAAGCGGAUGGGCCGUCCAGAAAAAUUCUUUGUAGCAGGGAUUAACCUUACUGAAAAUUUAAGGUAUAUUCUCGUACACCCAUUUGGAUCKUUGAAGAAAAUGACACUCCAGAGUCUUCCAUUCUUGAAAAUAUGGAUAAAGCAGCAGCGUCCAGGACCAAAAAAAAAAUGUAUUAACAUCAUUGCUGGAGACUUUAUAGGAAACAAUGAUUUUGUCAAAGAUGUGAUAGAACUUAAUACAAAAAUUAAUCCUCCAUUGCCCUGUCAAAGUAGAGAAGGUGAAACMAAUAGCAUUUAAUUAUCAGCUUCUUAAUCUGUGAAAAGCUGAAAAGGCUUUGUCUGCAUUUAUUGUGUGCUGCUGUAAACAUCCUGAAUCCCAUAAAGGUCCAGUUCACUUAAGACAGACCUGUUUUAAAGGCUCAGCAAGAAAAGGUCUCACAACAUUGUCAGAGUUUUGAGACCUUUGCACAGGAAAGAGCAGGUGUACCUUGCUGCAGUCUCUACAGAACUAUGGUAUAGGGGUAAUUUUUUUCAGAGGUGCUUUGAUUCUGCAGCAGCUGGCAAUACUCAACCUUAUUUUACACAGGACUAAGAAGGAGAAGUAUGUCAGUAGCUGCAUGAAUUAUUUAGUGGUAAGAUUUUAUCUUUCUUAUAAUUGUAAGGAUAUUCUGCACUACUUGCAACCCCAAUUCUUACUCUUUUUGACUUGUUCGUUUUUACAGUUUGUGUCAAAUAAACAAAAGGAACAACUAAGAAGUAUUUUUGAUAUACCAAAGGUGCUGUACUGACAAUCAAAUUUGACAUGAUUUUAUAUAUACACCAAUGUGCUGAGUAUCACUUGGGAGCCCCCUUACCAACAGGACAGCCACAAAAUUAUUUAGGAUUUGUAAGAGGUAGUUGUAUUUGCACACUUAGUCAUGGCAGUUCUGGAGGGAUAAAGAUACCAAAACUAGGCCCUUAUACAGUUUUGUCUGUGGCGAUGAAAUGUUUUAUUAGGUGUUGCCAAAAUAUGCCUUACACUGAAAAUAAACMCAGUGGAAACAAAUUCCUGAUCUUAACUUAAACUCCUCUAGAAAWACAGAUUCUUGGAUUCUAUCAUGCUCAUUUGGGGUUUCACACCUGGUAUUUUAUUUAGCUAUUUUAAUAGCUCUGUAAUUAUUUUUCCUCUCACUCAGUAGUUUUUGCUUAUGUCAAAACUAAGAGGUUUAUGCUGUAUCCCAUUGCAUAUUAAUUCUGUUUUUCUAAAUGAACUGUGUAAUAAYAGAUGACCAUGAAGGCAACAGAAAAGUCAAGCAUCAGGACUAAAACAAAACCAGUUAUUGUGUAUAGUUCACUAUGCAACUUCAUCCAUUUACCUCACUUUUUAAAUGCACUUUAUAUUCAAAAACUAAAUCCAGAUGUCUGACAAGAUGCUAAUGUUUGCACAAGUUUUUCUGCCUAUCUUUUUGCCCUCUUCUGUACCCAUGUUACUCUAAUAAAACUUGAUCUCUCUGUGUAA